AUGAGCACAACGAAUUCAUUCCCCACUCCCGCCAGCAGUGUGAGUGGUCAUCCUGCAAAUGCGACUUCGGUGGAGGAUGUGGAUCAGGGGAGAAAAUCUUUCAGUAUGGGGAUGCAGGACUCGGCAGAAAACUCGGGAGCAAGUCCCGCUCAGCAACCAGCACAGCACAGAGCGACCGACCACGAUCGGCAGUCUUUGCCAACAGACAGCACUAACGAUUUUGCCACCGGGCAGGGUCCGCACUCGACAGACCCCGACGCUAUGGAUGUAGAUACAGACCCGACUCACCAGGCAAACACCCUCGGUCUCAGUCUGGAUUCUCUUCAGAAAGAGCUAACCUCGGCUUUUCAUCUUUGCAAGAGCUCUCCGAUCGUUACUGGUCCAGACCCUUCAGUGGAUCUCGUUUCUCUCUAUGGGUUAGGCUCAAUCGCGCACUCGGUAGCACGCAUGGAUCCCGUGACGGGAGAGAAAAUCAACCGCCUCCGGAAAUCAUACGAGGGAAAGCUGAAAGGAUUGGGACUCGCUGGGCGGAACAAACCCCUCAAACAGGAGAUUGGCGCUCCUGGCAGUCUGAGGUACAUGACCCUAUGGCCCGAAGAGGAAUGGCAGAACCAGAAGGUGCAUGGCAAACCCAUCAAGACUUCUGACAUGGAUUCGGCGCUACAAAAUCUUCAAUCGCGAGCCAUGCAAAUGGAACCAGGACCGAUUCCUAAUAACGAUUUCUGGGAAGAUAUCUUGGGUCACGAAAAGCCGGCCAAGAAUCCAGCACCAGGCGAGACUGGCAAGAAGGCUGCCCCAGCUCCAACUGCCGGUCGCCCCUCUACUCAAUCCUAUGCUGCAUCUCCACGAUCACAGGAAGCGGAGCGACCACGGCCUAGCAGGGGUCGGAAGAGACAUUACGAUGACAAUAGCUUUGCCGGCUAUGGUGAAGGGUUUGUGGAUGAUGAUGAUGACCCCGGAUUCUACUCGAACGGCGAGGGAACUGGGAAGAAGAAACGCAAGAAGGACCACGUCGCUAAGGUGUCAACCCCCAUGUCCGAAAGAAGCGCUAGCUACGGGGUAGGCAUGUUCGGCAUCGGGGCCAGAUGA